CAGAAGCCUCCGCCUAGCCGCUCGCCCUGUAGCGCGGAAGAAGAGGCUUACAAGGCACAGUGUGCCAUUAGUGGAACAUUAGCAUCUACCAAAGACGGUUCACCACAGUUCACAAGCUUUCAGGCUUGGAUCCGUGGUCCUGUGCCGUGUCUUAAGCCCAACAUUAACUGCUAUGGCCGCACCCCUGGUUUUAAAGCAUUAUUUUUGUCUAAAUUAAAGAGGAGUCUUUGGAGGAUGGACUAAACUGUGGAUUGGAACUAGGAUUUGGAACUAGGAUUAGGAUAAGGACCACGUCUACAUGUGUCACCCCAAGAAGUUAUCUUAAAGCCUACAGGUGCCUAAAUUCUGUCUUGGCAGAGCCAGUCACCCAACCACCACCACCAUGGCGGACGGACGUAUUUAUGUGGGGAAUCUACCAAUGGACAUCCAGGAGCGGGACAUUGAGGAUCUCUUCUUCAAAUACGGAAAAGUCCGGGAUAUUGAAUUGAAAAACAACAGAGGAACUAUCCCCUUUGCCUUUGUCCGCUUUGAAGAUCCACGGGACGCCGACGACGCCGUCUAUGGAAGGAAUGGAUAUAGUUAUGGGGACACCAAGCUUCGUGUAGAGUACCCGCGCUCGGCCGGUUCUAAAUUUGGAGGUCCUAUGGGAGGAGGAGAAGGUGGAGACGGUGGUGGACGAGGAGACGGGGGAGGCCGAGGAGGAGAUGGUGGUGGACGUGGAGGACGAGGAGGAGGAGGAGGAGGAGAAGGGGGCCCUAGGGGAAGAUUUGGCCCCCCCACUCGAAGAUCUGAGUUCCGCGUGAUAGUGAAUGGGCUUCCCCCCACCGGGAGCUGGCAGGACCUGAAGGACCACAUGCGGGAGGCGGGCGACGUGUGCUUCGCCGACGUGCAGCGUGACGGCGAGGGCGUGGUGGAGUUCCUCCGCCGCGAGGACAUGGAGUACGCCCUGCGCCGCCUGGACCGGACCGAGUUCCGCUCGCAUCAGGGGGAGACGGCGUACAUCCGGGUGUACGAGGAGCGGGGCGCCACGAGCUACUGCCGCUCCCGAUCCCGCUCACGCUCCCGCUCCCGGGGCCGCUACUCGCCCCCCCCGUACCAGAGCAGCUCACCGCCACAGCGUUACCAGUCGCCGCCCCCGCGCCACGCCAUGUCCCGCCAUAGUCCCCCCUCAAGGAGACCACAGCACCAUAGCCCCCCGCCCCGCCACUACCGAUAGAGCGGCCGCCAUUCGUACUCCCAAAAACCGGCAAAUGUUUUAUAAUUCAACUUUUGUUGUUGUUUGCUUUUUUUUUUUACUCCGGGUCCCCCCAACUGAGAUUGUGUCCCUUGUCCCCUUCUUGUUUUGUCAUUUACAUUCCAUCACAAACCCCCACUCUUUUGCCCCCCUUCUCCUCCACGUAAUGUCGGAACAGCGCCCCCUAGAGGACAUUUCAAGUAGCAUUGACUUUUGGUGAAACAGCUGUGGACAUGAAUCACAAUUUCUUUUAUAAAGAAAUCAUGGGAAGGAAACGAGAGUCGAUAUGGAAAUAAAAUGGAAUUCAACAAUGAAGGAAAGUCGACAGCUGUUUAACGAACUUCAAUUCUGCUUUUUGAAAUGACGCGUGGAUAAAAUCUUUAGUUUUCUCUUGACAUUUGUGUAGCCUUUGGUGAUCCAACAUGCAGAGAAGCCUUUUUUUAACUUGGUCUUUUGACGGUAACUGCAAGUUCGGCCUAUGGAUUCUGGCUCCCAUCGAUGCAAAUUACUUUUAAUGGUGACACAUGAGCAUCUCUUGUCUUUUCUUAUUGGCUGACCUGUGGGGAUUCGGCCUGUGGUGGACUGAACAUGAUUUCCUUUUUGUUAUUUCAAAUAAAAAUGUUCAAUU